CGGGCAUUGGGGGCCAUGGCCGCCAGGAUCGCCAAGGAGCUGGCGGAGGCGCGGCAGUGGGGCGGCGCGCGCGAGCUGCGGCCGCUGGAGGGGGACCUGCGGCGGUGGGGGGGGCUGCUGCUGCCCAACAACCCCCCAUACAACGCAGGCGCUUUCCGCUUCGAGCUGACCUUCUCCCCCCACCACCCGCUGGCCCCCCCCCGCGCCACCCUGCGCACCAGCAUCUAUCACCCCGGCGUGGACCCCGACGGCCGUGUCUGCCAGCCCCUCACCUCCACCCAGCACUGGGUGCCCACCACCCGUGCCGUCCAAGUGCUGCAGGACCUGCUGCUGCUGCUGGACAGCCCAGACCCCCAGCGGGUGCUGCGGCAGGAUCUGGCCCGUGAGCUCCAGGACCAGCCCCAGGUUUUCUGGCACCAGGCGGAGGAACACACCCGACGCCACGCUGAGCGGCGGCCCGACCCCCCUGGCCCCUGAGCCCCCUGCACCUGGGGGCACCUGGGGGCUCCCAGGCGCACCCCAGCUUCCCCCCUGCCUCUCUGCGCCAGCCGGAGCUGGCCCUGGCAUUGCCCCCACCGUGGUGCUGGAGCCUGGGCAUGGGGGUCCCGGCACCCUACAGGGGUCACCCCACCCUGAACCGAGUUAAAUAAACCGACUCCCGCUCCC